AAAUUAAAUUGGCGGGAAAAUUUCCCCAAUGUUCUCCAUUUCCCUUCAUCCUUCAGCGAAACCGGAUUGCUAGGGUUUCAGUUGACGGCACUCCUUCGUUUCUUCUUCCCAGCGAUUUUCUUCCUUCCCGCAGAUUCCGAUCAGUAGAGUAAUUAUGGCUAAAGAGGAAAGUUCCCAAGUUCCCAAAAGAACAACCAGAUCCUCCUCUUCUGCUGCUGUCUCCAACAUUGUCGAUGAAUCAGAAAAAGCCAGUAAGCCUCACAAGCCAACUGUCAGCGAACACGGCUUUGGGGAAGAGGCCGGUCUUAGCCUUGAUGAUCUUUUAUCUAACUUUCCAGGGAGGCGCAACCAGAUGAUUGAGAUUUUGCGCCUCUUGGGUCCCCUGAAUUCCCCAAAUUUCCCUGUCUUUAUCUAUGGAGGCGUUUCUACUGGGAAAACCAGCGUAAUUCUUCAGGUAUUCAGGCAUCUGAAUCGACCUUUUGUGUAUUCAAGCUGCAUUACCUGUUACAAUUCUAGGAUUUUGUUUGAAUCAGUAUUGAACCAGUUAUUGCUUCAUAGGAAAAGUUCAGGGAAUGGUUAUUCUAGUGCCAAGCGGUGUGAAAAGCCAUCUGAUUUUGUUAAUUUUCUUCGUGAAGCCUUGGUAAAUGUCAUAGAUAAUCUUAAGAGGAAUUCUGGGAAAUUGAACUCCAAUAAGUGUCAUGGACGGCCUAAUGGAAAUGUGAUUUAUUUGGUUUUUGAUAAUCUGGAGCUUGCUCGAGGAUGGGAUAAAAGUUCUACUAUUUUACCCUUUUUAUUUAAUCUCCAAGAUAUUUUAAAGAUGCCUGAGGUGGGACUGAUUUUUGUUAGCAAUUCCUCACCUGAUACGUAUUACUCAAAUAUGGGUUACAUAGAUCCCAUCCCUGUAUACUUUCCUGACUAUACAGAAGAUGAUCUUCGUCAAAUAUUUCUGACAAAUCAAGCAGACCACAAGCUCUAUUCCUCCUUUCUUGACAUUGUACUGAGACCCUUCUGUAGAGUCACUAGACGAGUGGAUGAAUUAUCUACUGCCUUUUCAUCAUUGUUUAACAAGUAUUGUGAACCUUUAAGUGAUUUGAGAGGUGUACCAAAAGAAGAAAUGAAUAGAAGGUUAUUUAAACAUAUUCAGCCACAUAUUGUUCCAUCUUUGAAUGAUACAUUCAGAGUUCGGUCUCAGCCUUCUUUCAAAGAUGAAGCCAACCAGCAGACAAGGAGGAAAAGUAGUAUAAAGGCCUCAGGAAGUCGUGAAGAUUUUGAUAAGUCAGAUUUCCACAUGUCUACUUCUGCAAAGUAUCUUCUUAUUUCAGCCUUUCUUGCUUCAAGGAACCCAGCUACUCUUGAUUCGUUAUUUGAUUCAACAGGAGGUUCUAAUCGCAAACGGAAAAGGAAGGCCUCUGUAAAAUCAAUGGAGCAGGAGGAAAUCACAGAACAGGAAUUACUUAUGAAAGGGCCUGGAACUUUUCCAUUAGAGAGGUUGUUAGCCAUAUUUCAGUGCAUAACAUCCUUUGUAGAAGAUUCACUUGGUGAAGAAGGAACUAGUGAGCUAAGAAUUGAAGGAGGAGGUAGUGGACUCAUGUCUGAUGUUCUUUUGCAAUUAUCCAGUCUAUGCAAUGCUAAUUUUAUCAUCAAAGGUGGAAGCUGUCCAAUAGAGGGGUCAACAAGGUAUCGCUCCACAGUGUCUGAAGAUUUGGCUCUGAAGGUGGCAAGGAGCGUUGAAUUCCCCCUGUCAAAUUAUUUGUACAGGAGAUAACCCUUUACCUAAAAAUGAGACUGUAAUGUACUCAUCUGUUAACUUUCAAAGCCUAAUUCUUAUUUAACAAGCUUUUAUUGUAUGCACUUAAAUGCCUGUUUUGUGACAUGAUGUUGAUGAACAUAUAAUGUCAGCGAUAGUAAGAUAUGAUU